GGGAUUUCUCCAUGUUAUCUGCAAAUUUGGACAUGAUGAGAGUGCCUCAAAUGGCUGAGAGACAGCAGUUUGUGGCAGCUCAUUUGAUUUCAAGCACAAACACUGUCAAUGUCUGAAUCACAACUGAAGGUGCAGAAGCAAAAUAUCCAAGGCACCAUUAAAACAAUCCAGUAAUGAUGAACCAGUCCAAGUUCUGGGCCACAAAUGAAGUGCUGCAGAAAUCAUUCUUUUCUGAACGCCACCUCUUCACAGAAGAGGGUCCUGAUGACAUCACAUCCUCUCCUAUAAGUUACGCUGCCUCCAAAGUUCAGUGAGAAAGAUCAGCCGCGCUCCGCUGCACCGCCCCGAGGACGAUGGCCGGCUCUCCUGCACUGCUCCUCCUGCUCAGCCUGGGGCUCUGCUGCACUGGCGCCCACGGACAGAGGGAUGCGGUGGUGAUCAGGUUCCUCAACAGGAGGAUCAUACAGCCCCAGGAGGGACAGCGGCUGGAGUUGGACUGCUGGAGAAACAAAACCUCCUGGAAAGUAACCUGGAUCCGCCUGGAUAAGGAUGGGAACCUUCACUUCAUUCUCUCCAGUACCCAUUCUUAUUCAAACACCAUGCAGGAGGGUGAGAAAACAGCUCCAAAUUUUGAGGCGCUAUGGAGAGGAAACUUCUAUCAGCUGGUGGUAAAAUCCUUCAGGGCACAGGAUGAGGGGAUCUAUUUCUGCAUCAACUACAUCAACCCAGGGCUCCACAUCAGCUCUGGGCAACCCGCCUUCUUCCCAGUCACAACAACAACAGCAGCACCCACCACACCCACUGCCACCAGCCAAAGCAGCCAGGUCACCACAAAGGACAUCUCCCGGCACAGCCGGGAUGCACAAACAAGUAACGAAAACACGCUGAAUUCCAUCUGUGAUGUUUACCUCUGGGUUCGAGUGGCUGGCACCUGCCUCCUGCUCCUCACUGCCAUAACCAUCACCAUCACGCACUGCCAAAAUGCUCCCAUGCUAACAGAGGAAGCAUCAGCAGUGCUGAAAUAAACACAGCCACGCGUCACACGCGCUCACCACCAGCCCAUCACUUGCAGGACCAAGCUCAGCGUAAGCAAGCAGUGCUGCGUCGCUGCUCAGCACAAGGCACACAGGCGUCCUCCUCAAGCACCGCACUGAUCCCAGCAGCAGCACACACAGCUGCCCUGAUGCAGCGCCGGCAUUUGGCUGCUC